ACUAACACAGUCCGCCCAUUGGCUCCCGCCGAGGACAGCAAUCCAGAAGUGACCGAAGGAAGAAUCGACAGCAAAGUAAGUUUGCGUGUGUUUUUAUAGUUCCUAACUUACGGAUGCGGUCUCAGGAAGGCCCCCGCUGAGAAAUGGAGCUGCGGGAGGACGCCUCGCCAGCUUCGGCCUUCGAGAAGGACGCGUUCCAGCUUACCGUGGAGGACGUGUACGACAUCUCCUACGUGAUCGGUCGAGAUUUACUCAAGAUCAGCAGCUCAGGUGAGGAAGUGUCGGACCUGCAGUUCCGGAUCGUCCGCGUUCUGGAGCUGUUCGAGACGGUGGUGAAGCAGUACAACCUGUCGGUGGAGGAGCUGAGGCUGGAGAGGGACAACCUUAAGACCGAGCUGGACCGUAUCCUCGGGGAGAACUGCACGGAGAACGGCCCGCCGGCAGUGGGACCCGAUCAGUUGGUGAUUGACCUGAAGGACCCCAACAGACCCCGGUUCACCAUGCAGGAGCUGAAGGAAGUGCUCCAAGAGCGGAACCAGCUUAAGGCCCAGCUGAUGGUGUCACAGGAAGAGCUCCAGAUGUACAAGAGUGGCAGGCUACCAAUGGAGCCAGGUAUGGUGGAGAUAGACCUGGAAUCUCCCCCUGCCACCGACAACGGCUCGGCUGCAGGCGACGACGCCAGAGAGGAGCCGAAAGACGAGAGAACAGCCAUCUCAAAACUGUUUUCAUUCAGGAGAAAAUGAGGAUUACUUCUUACAAUAACGGGACCAAUUUAUUUACACACAAGCCAACAAGGAUUUUUUUCACAUAUUUUUGCAUUUUUUAUACAACUUUUUUAAGCUUUUUUGUAAUCCAUAGGAUGCAAUAGCAUGUGAUGCAUUAGACAUUUUAAAGGUGCAGAGUUUAUAAUUUAAUGGAAUCAAGAACAAUAGACUUGGCAGAAAUUUAAUAUAAUAUUCAUAAGAAUGUUUUAAUCAGUGUAUAAUCCCGUGAAAAAACUAGAUAAGAGUGGUACUGCUAAAUGCCACCAAAUCCUACAUUGAACCUUUAACAAGUGAAGGACAAUAAUGCAGGGGAUUGUUUCUGAUGAUGUACAUGGUGUUAACUUGAAAGUAUUGACAUAAUCUCAUCCUGUCUCAGGACCAUACUGCUUAGUAUUCAAUGAAGAACUUUCUGAAGUAUUCAGUCCUAGAUGUAUUUAGAUGAUCGUCAAUAGUUAGCAAUUAAUAGCAAUUGCUUUUUCAGCACCGGAAAGAUUAACCAGCCCAGCAAUAGUCCAGUGUUCUGGUUAAAACCAGACUCUGGGAUUCUGUAUCCAAAGCAAACACACUUGAAUAAAGUGAUCUAUACAAUUUCUAGAGACAGAAUUUUCAGCGUUUUGUUAUGAUUGUGCUGCCAAGUAGCAACGCUAUUAAUCUCAGGGGAGAAUUUGCUAUUGUCCUACAAAUGCACUUGGAUGUUAGUUCAGAUAUGCAAGUCAUGAGUUUAAACUACUCCUUUUAUUGCCUGCAUGUGUGAUGGGCCACCCUCUGCUCACAGCAGUUUUAAAUUGAGGACUUCAGAACAGACAAAGUAUUACGAUUCAAAGUUAAAUGCACAUCCCCUCAAUCUCAUUUCAGAAAAUGCAACAAUUUUCACUGAUUUAUUUCUCAAUUUACAAUAUGGCUUUAGCCACAACAGUGAAACAGAAUGGUAAAUACAAGGAACUCCUACAGGGUAUACAAAUACUUCUCAGAAGAAAUGGUAUCCCUCACUCUUAAACUAUCAUUUUACGACAGUGGGUGAAGAGAAAUUAAAAGAUAAAAUCAUGAAAACAAUACAGCCGCAGCCUCAGUUCAAUUCGUGGAAAAGCUCAUGUCUAAAUAUUUAUAAAAUCAGCAAGUUAAACUUGAUUUAAAAAAUGAGCAAUUUUACAACUUUGCUCAGUCAUAUUAUCAUCUUCAAAACAGUGUUGUCAAUUAAAUAUGUGAGGGGGGGUGGGGUGGAUGCCAACAGCCUAGUAUUUGAGCCAGGGAUGAGCACUAAGAGAGGCUUUGCUGCGAUCCCCAUAGUCGUACAGCAGCUCUUCUUCUGCGUCAACGUCCCUGGCCGCCACCAAUAUGAGAUGGGGUUUUCCAUCAAUGUCGUGAAGCCUGGUCUGGCAGUUACCAGCUUUACUGUGGUUGAUCAAUCUGCCCAGGCGGGUAGUUUCCCUUGUUGCGUCCACACUAAAAUAAAAAGGCGCUGUAAAAACAGACUAGUAUACAUCCAUAGAGCUACUAUUAUUAGUAGCAUGCAAAGUAUUGACCCGAAUGAAGUUCCUCAGAUCAUUGUACCACGUGUCCUUUGUUUGAAAUUAGAUGCCAAUUCAAUGUGGUUUUGGUCAAAGAUCAAUAAAAAAAAUAAAGCCUUUUAAAAAAUAUGCAGUGGAAGUUACAAAAUUGCUAUGUUCCACUCACCAGUAGGUUUUGCUGUGGUACUGGAAGUAGUACAUGUAACAGCCGGUGGCAGGGUCCAGAGUAUAUUCAGCCUCCCUUUUCUUAGCCCGUUCGAUAUCCAGCAGGUCUCCGUUGUACUCCACCACAAACUCUCCUUUUAUGAAGCCCCUGGUUGCAAACACUCCCCUUCCUUUGUCAUCUAUGUGUCGCACCUAUUUAAAUGGAGAACACGUUUGCAAUUAAUAUUGAAGGCGUAAUAUUUGGUCAAAACUUGAGGUGGUUAAUUAACCUAAAUUGGCGGUGAUUUAAUACUAUUAACAAAAGUAGUUAUCGCAGGGGAAUCUUUCCUCCGCCUUCAAUGUCCAGGUUUUCUAAUGCUGUCCUUCAAUAUACUGGGAUGGGUAUAGGGUCCCAACAAGUUAUUUUAAUAAAUGUUUACAUUCUCGCAGCUUUAUUUUUUAUAUGAAGCAAGAUAAGGAGCAGGAAGAUUAAACAAUUCAUAAGUUAAACUCAAUACUUCGUUAACCGGUACCUGCAAUCCUUCUUCGACACCAUUCUUGAUAAGUUCGUUGAUGUGUUUCUGUUCUUCAUCCUUGGGAGUUUUUGGGAGAAAAAUAUGACUUUCGUAAGAUUUGACAGACAAAUUCUUAUGCUCUAGUUCAUCGAUGAGAACCAAAUUUUUACAUUUAGGGGAUUUUUUUAUCCAAAGCGACUUACAACCUGUCAUUCAAACACUGACUGUGGAGUUGACCACGCAGGGUGACAGCCAGCUCAGCAGAAGCAGUCAGAGUGAGGCGUCUUGCUCAGGGACACCCUGACACUCUGAGCUACUGCCACCCCUCCUCGUCCUCCAACUCCUCAUGCACCUUUCAAUCCUCUAGUACCAAGAGGAUCAUGGCGUCUUAUUUGCUCCAAGUAACACAGCAACUUUCAUACCAACCUUCAUCUCAGCUUUAGUUUUCCUUGAACUUCUUCUAAUUGGAUAGUAAUCUGUGACUUUCCUGUUUUGGGAAAUCUUAUUCUCUGUUCUAGAAAACAACAAGGGGGAAAGAAACAAGACGUAAACAACCAUGUGAUUCAGGGUUACGCGUUUGGAAUCAUUUGGAUACAUUCAGUUUCUAAACAUACUUUUUCACCCUGGCUUUGUGACCACCACCUUUCUGGGUUUUGGUUCCAUUAGCCUUGUUUUGUGGUGCAGGCCCAGUCUGUGAAAUGGGUUCUUUGUCCUGGGUUUUUUCUGUGUUGGUUUGUUCUCGGGACUCUGAGAGGAGCAGACAGGCCCGGGCUGACUUCUGUUCGUUGGACUUCGGAACCUCGCUGUGUAUUUCAGUAGCUCGGUCUAAAAAUGCCAAUCAUCAAACAUUAGACCAAGAACCAAUCCUUCCAGUUUGCCAUGAAACCGGUAUCAGAACGAGUGUCAGUUAAUACUGAUAUUUUGUGCAAGUCACAGACAAAAAGUCUGCCUUGCUGAUCCACCGAGAACAGCAACAGCUGAACAAUAUUAGUUACAGAUAAGGCAAGAAAAAACUAAAAGGAAUCCAAAAUGAGCACUUGUGAUAGAAUAUACAAAUGUUGUCAACCACUCAAUAAAUCCCCUACCUUUCUUUGGCUUUGCUGCAUCAGUGUGAGGUUUUUC